ACUGAUUCUGUUUCUAGAAGUGUUGCACCUUACUCGUCUGAUAAUACAACAUCAGUUAGUAUGGACAGUAACGAAGUAAUGCAAUUAAUCAAAUACAACAUAGUUCCUGUCAACAAUGAAAAUACGUUUAAAAUUAACGAUGUAAAUGUCCUUCAACUAUUCCAUGACUUUCAAAACUCUCUUGGAACUAGCCCUUUAACGUAUAAAAGCCAUAUUUAUCAUAUUUUAUCAACAUCAGGCAUACUAUUAGUUAAAUACCAUCAAGAUCCUGAUUUGACAAAGUUUAUUGACAGCGAUACAACCGACAUAAUGUUAAAAAAUAUCCACGAACAAAUUGGUAUACACAGCCAAAAAUUUUCUAGAAAUAUGCUUAUCGAACUAAUGGAUAUUGUUCAACAAUGCGUUACUAAACAGAUUACAAUGAUAAAGGCUGUCCAACAACUAUUGGCAUUGAUUGAUGAAGAGGGCAACAGUUACCAAAAUAAGGUCAUAUUAUGCUUUAAGGCCCUAAUCGAACAAUUACCAAAAGACUCUUUUAACACAAAAGAAUUUGAAUUAACUACACGGUUAAUUCAACCAUUUUUACUACCACUGUUCGACGAUAGAGAAGAAAACAUCUAUCUCAGAUGGACCAAUGUACAAACAGAAGAACACAAGAAGGAUGAGUCUAAUUGUUCUAACAAACGGCCUGACGGUUGUAUAACGCUAAAAACAUAUGAAAAGAUAAGUUUGGGCUUCAUUGAAGUUAAAGAAGAGAAGUACCGAAAUGACAAAAAUAAAUUAAACAAGGACCUGUACAAACUGGGUGUAUUUUCUAAAAAUGCAAUUGAUCAAAAUCACCUCCAUGGAAUGUUAGGUAUUCAAACUGUUGGCGAAUCUAUUUGUUUUUACUUGACCCAGCAACAAUGCAAGGGGUUUUAUACGAUGACAGAAAUUGAUCAACUGAACGUCCCAAAAAACUUGAAAGAGCUUCCUCAGCUUAUUGGAUUUGUAGACAACUUGUGUAAUAUUUUACACAUAUUUAAAACAAGUUGUCGUCAACAAUAAGUAGCCGUUUUCUAUUAUUUUUAUGCUUAUUUAUAGUCCUGUUUACAUUUUAUAAUAGUAAAUUUAUUUAAAAUGUUUCUUUAUACCAAAUAUUAAAUAUGC